UCUCCCCGGAUGAUUCGGGGCAUUUUGAUUCGCGCCGCCGCCUUCUGCUCCACCGCCGGCGGCACGCCGGCGGCGCAGCGGCGGACGGGCAUACUUGGCACCGGCGACGUGCUGAAGGAGAUGAGGCGGUUCUCAGAGGCAGACGUUGCCAGGUUCGCGGAGGUGAGUGGCGAUCGGAAUCCCGUCCACUUCGAUCCCGAUUUCGCCCUCUCCGCCGCGGGCUUCUCCGGCGGCCGCAUUGUUCAUGGGAUGCUUGUCGCUUCCCUCUUCCCAUCCAUCAUCGCUUCUCACUUCCCUGGAGCAAUAUAUGUUUCUCAGACUCUACAGUUCAAAUUGCCAGUUUACAUUGACGACGAGGUUGUUGCUAAAGUGCAAGCUUUGAGUGUAAGGGAACACAAGCAAAGGUUCAUAGUGAAAUUCACGACGAAAUGCUUUACAAACAUAGAACAGCUUGUCAUUGAUGGUGAAGCCACUGCCAUUCUACCAACAUUAGCUCAUAACCGAUAAACAUCGGCGAACAAUUCCGGAACAAAAAGUUAACCAUUUACAAUGCUUUCAGACUUUCAUCUCUUGGCACUCUUGCUUCAUUUGGAGAAUAGCAUGUGUUUAAAUUUCAUAAGAAGCAAACUUUGUGACAAAGCACAGAGUUUUGGUUUAUUUGAUGUAUUGUAUGGUUAGACUAUUCUGAGCAACAAUGUAUGCAAUAACAUUGAUUAAUGUAAACAUGAUCUUCAGUUUUCCAA